CUUAAUUUGCAGAGACAUUUGUGAUUCUUAUACUAAGACAAAGGAAUUGCACAUGGGGAGGAAAGGGUGGUUUUAUUCAGUGAAGAAAGUUUUCUUUUCUGAUUCCAAAAAGGAACAGAAACAUUCUUCUCAUCAUCAGCAACAACAUCAUCCUAAACCACCAAAGUUAGGAUGUUUUGGGGCUUAUCACCCCGAUGAUCUAGAAGGAGCACCAAUUGCUGUUGUUCCCUCACUUCCACCAAGAAAAGACACCACACCAAGAAGUUUGCCAGAGAAUGAACAGAAUAACCAGGCCUUUUCUUUGGUUUUGGCUACUGCCGUGGCUGCAGGGGCUGCUGUAGCCGCUGCUGCAGAGGUUUCUCGUCCCUCAACCACGAGUCGUCAAAAUGUAAAAUUGAAUGAUGACAUGGCUGCUACCACGAUUCAAACAGCCUAUCGUGGAUAUUUGGCAAGAAGAUCCUUGCGAGGCCUGAGAGGUUUGGCGAGGUUGAGAACAUUGGUGCAAGGGCAAUCUGUUCAAAGGCAAGCAGCUACUACCUUGCAAUGCAUGCAAACUCUUUCACGGUUGCAGUCUCAGAUUCGUGCAAGGAAGGUCAGAAUGUCUGAGGAGAAUCAGACUCUUAACCGGCAACUGCUGCAGAAACGUGAAAAGGAAUUGGACAAGUUGCAAGCUAACCAAAUUGGAGAAAAAUGGGACGAUAGCUCGAAAUCAAAGGAGCAAGUUGAGGCACAGGUGUUGAACAGGCAGAUAGCAGCUAUGAGAAGACAGAAGGCCUUGGCAUAUGCAUCAACACAUCAGCAAACACGGAAGAACUCUUCAAAAUCUGCCACAAAUGCUACAUUUAUGGAUCCAAACAAUCCCCACUGGGGCUGGAACUGGCUAGAGCGAUGGAUGGCUACUAGGCCAUGGGAAGAUCAAAACACUACCUACCACAUUGGUCAUGCAUCUGCUAAGAGUGGUGCAAAAAACACCAUGUCAGUUGGUGAAAUCACAAAAUUAUACUCUCUCCGGGACCAGAACAAUGAUGUCAAAACACCCCCAGAAAACCAAAAACCAAAAUCCCCUUCAAAAAGAGACCCAAGGGUCUCGCUAGCCAAUGUAACAAGGCCAAAGGUAUCAAGUGGUUCAUGGGGUGGUGAAGGUGAUUCAAAAUCCAUGUUUUACAAAGUCCAUGAAAACAAUCGCAGGCACAGCAUUGGAGUGUCACCACUGAAUGAUGACGAGAUCCCUUCAAGCUCUUCACCUGCUUUUCCAAGUCACACAACACCAUCCACCCAGGUUGCAAAGGCCAAGCCAUCAUCCAAAGGGAGAAGUUCAUCAUUUGCUGCACAAAGAAAUACAACACCCGAAAAAACAGCUUCUGCUCCUUUAAAGAAGAGACUCUCUUUCCCUUCUUCUCCAGCCGGUGCAAGAAGGUAUUCUGUUUCAACCAGACCUGGAAAUGUGGCUUCCAACAAGAGUGUUGCUAAUGGUUCCUCCCCUGAAGAGAAAAUGAGAGUGAGAAGGUAGAGAUGCAUCAUGCAUGCCAUUGGUGUACUUAGAAUAGAAACAUGAACAAAGAUUAUUCAAAUUACAAAAGGUGGCACCAAUAUCUUUUAUAGUAGUCUCUAUCAACUUUUUCUUCACAAGCCAUGUUGUUGGUGCAAUGGAAGGAGAUGCAAUAAAAUUUGACUGAUCAAGUAUUCAUUUGAUCCCCACAGUUGUCUUUAUAACCAUGCAGACAACUUUUUCUUUUACUUUAACUGACUGUAGUAGUUCCAUGUUAUAUAUGUAACAAGAUUAUUGCUUUUGGGGGCGAUAUUUAAACAUACAUUAUGUAAACAUGUACUACAUUGUUUAUCCCCUUUGUAAAGUACUCAUGAAUUCAAGACCAUAUGGUUCUGGCUCUGAUGG